AAAGCGGCGCUUUUCCCCGUCCAGGCGGCGUACACCGACCCCGCGACGGGCGUCUGUUUCAACACGUACUACGCGCCGGCAGGGUCGCCGGCCGCGCCGCUCUAUGUGUGCCACCACGGCGCAGGGUCGUCGGCCAUGACGUUCUGGUGCUUGGCGCGGCAGCUCCGCGACCUUGCCGAGGGCGACGACGUGCCCGGCGUCUUUGCUUUCGACGCGCGGGGGCACGGCGGCACGUGCCCGCCAGGGCUCCGGUACACGUUGGCGGACCUCGCGGGCGACUUUGCGUUUGUCAUGCGCGAGUUCUGCGAGCGCCACCGGCCCGGCAACCCCGUGUGCUUGGUGGGCCACUCGCUCGGCGGCGCUGUGCUCACGGAGUUCGUGGCGCGGUUCCCGGACCUGGACUGCAACGUCCGCGGGCUCGUGGUUGUGGACGUCGUCGAGGACACGGCGGUGCGCUCGUUGCUGCAGAUGGCGGUGUUCCUCCACAAGCGGCCGCGGGCGUUCGGCUCGUACGGCCAGGCCAUCCGCUGGCACCUACAGACGCGCUUGCUACGGAACGAGGAGUCGGCGCGCGUCAGCGUGCCCGAGUUGCUUGUGCGCGGGCCCGGCGGCGGCUUGGUGUGGAAGGCCAGCCUCCUGGACAUGGCGCCGUCGUGGCACACGUGGUUCGACGGACUCUCGCGGAAGUUCUUGGCGUGUCGCUUGACAAAACAGAGCCUAGCGAAAAUGCUCGUGCUCUCCAGCAGCGAGACUUUGGACAAGGGCUUGACCAUCGGCCAGAUGCAGGGCCGCUUCCAGCUCGUGGUGUUCAACAACUCCACCAACGCGGGCCACUUCCUCCACGAGGACAUCCCGCGGCAAGUGGCCGCGACGCUCUCCGAGUUCAUGCGCCGC